CACCCACUCGCUCACAUUUAACCCAGCCUGCAGCCUUCCAAUUACUCCUCAGCUCCGGCUCGCCCCUUUGACAGCCAGCUGCCGGUGCUGCAGCGCAGAAGGACAUGAGCAGCCGCCGCCGCCGCUAACCGACUGCUGCCUGACUCUCCCGAGCGCUCGGGGGACCGUCGCCCUCCCAAGCGCCUCUCCUCCUCUUCCUCCUCCUCCUCGCCUUUCUCCUUCUGGACCAGCGACGCGCCGGGCUCCAGCUCCAGGGCGGGGGAGGGGAGGAGAUCCCGACUCCCUUCGCAUCGAGAGGGAGGGGUGUCCCAGCCAGCCAGCCAGCCUCGCCUCGCCUCGCCUCGCCUCGCCUCGGGAAAGACCUCGGCUCGGGCCAGGAGAGCGCGAGGAGGAAGCCCCUGCUCCAUGGAGAGGAUCCCCAGUGCUCAGCCUCCGCCGCCUUGCCUGGGCAAGCUGGCUGCGCUGGAGAGCCCCGAAAUGCCCGGGUUGGACUUUGCUCACAUGUAUCAAGUUUACAAGCCCAGAAGAGGGCUAAAAAGAGGCGAUGAUAGUAAGGAGACCUAUAAGUUGCCCCACAGGCUGAUUGAGAAGAAAAGACGUGAUAGGAUUAAUGAAUGCAUUGCCCAGUUGAAAGAUCUUUUACCAGAACAUCUCAAACUUACAACAUUAGGACACUUGGAAAAGGCUGUGGUUCUUGAACUUACCUUGAAGCACGUCAAAGCACUAACCAGCCUCAUUGAGCAGCAGCAGCAGCAGAUCAUAGCUCUCCAGAAAGGUUUACACGCUGAUGAGCUGCCCACAAGGAGUCUUGAUUCUAGCCAGGAGGUGUUUCGGUCUGGUUUCCAGAUGUGUGCCAAAGAAGUGCUGCAGUACGUGGCCAAACAUGAAAGCGCUAAGGAGCUGAAAUCUUCCCAGCUCAUCAGCCACCUGCACAGAAUGGCCUCUGAGGUCCUGCAGAGUGGAACCAGCAGGAAACCUGGAGAUGCUGCCCCGAAACUUAUGGACUUGAAGGAAAAGUCCAGCUCUCUGACCAAAGCUGCUGAGGCACACGGGAAAAAUUGUGUGCCCGUAAUUCAGAGAACUUUUGCUCACUCCAGUGGGGAGCAAAGUGGGAGUGAUACGGACACAGACAGCGGAUAUGGGGGAGAACUGGAAAAGAGUGACUCCAAAUCUGACCCACAGUAUUUUAAGAAGGACACUGAGCUCAAGUAUACUGUCCAAGAGCGAAUCAGCUCUAUCAAACAGGAGAAUGAGGACCCACCGGCCAAAAGGCCCAGGAUCGAAAUGUCAGAGGAUGAAGACCAUUUUAGCAGUGACAUGCUUGGCUCCUCUUCAGUCAGCUUCUUGGGACCUCACCCUCACCAGCCUCCUCUGUGCCUGCCUUUCUACUUGAUUCCGCCUUCUGCAACAGCUUACCUGCCUAUGCUGGAGAAGUGUUGGUAUCCGUCCUCUGUGCCCAUCUUGUAUCCCAGCCUCCCAGGCUCCACUGCAGCACUCUCAGGGUUAAUGAGCCCAGAUAAAAUUUCCUCUCCUUUAUUAAUGCCUCAGCGACUUCCUUCCCCAGCACUGCCUCAUUCACCCAUGGACUCGACCGCUCUGUUUCAAGCUUUGAAGCAAAUGUCUCCUUUGAAUUUGGAAACCAAAGACUAAAAAUGGAAUGGCUUCCUCUUGAGAUUCUUUUUCUUUUUGGUUGCGUUUCAGAUUAUUUCAGGGGCUUUUUCCUCCCUAAAAUGGCUGAACUAAGGCAGAGAGGUAGAACUGGGGAAGAUCAUCAAUCAUUUAUGUGUAGGGCAGUGACGUCCUUCCUUGUUUUGACUGUCCAGGAAAUUUAGGAAAGACCAUACAGAUGCACCUAAGGUAGUGAAAGAGAGAAGAGGGUUGUUGUGGCUGUUUCUAAUUUUUUUUUAAUGAUUUGACGUGCUUUUUACUUUUUGGUAUCUAUGGAGCACCACCUGGUUUAGUCAGCUAGGAUAAUAUUCUGAAGCUGUGAAGGAGCACUAAAACGUUAGGUGGAGUCAGGGUCUGAAUAUAGAAUCAUGGUACUUCUGGUGAGGACUUUUCAAAGUAAUGGCCUAGGGAGGCAAGGGCUGGAGCGGAUUGGUAUGGCUUCCCCAUGUUGUUGCUGCCAGCAUUUGAGACACGUACAGAGAGGGAGAGAGUUAUUGAAGCAUUGUUAUUCAUUCUGCUAGUAGCAGUCACUGGCUGGUAGAGCACAGUGAUUCAGGGAGGUUUUGAGAUGGCUUUUUGGUCACACUUCUGCUGAAUGCACAUAUACUUUCUUUCAAGCACUGCCCAGAAAUUUUGUGUAGCUUGAGCUGCUAAGCAAGGAAGGUUGUGGAAAGGGCAAUUCUGCAGGAAUGACCCAUAAAUCUCUGGUUCUCACACUAGAUAUUGCUUCUCAAAACUGCUAGACAACAGGAAUCUGCAACAGUCCAUAGGAAAGCAGAAUGGCGCAGUCAGCGGUUUAGGGCCUAGCCCAGUUCUGUCUGGCAGAAAAUGGUAUCGGAUUGGCACCUUGUCAUGGGAAUGGUUUGCCACCAGCUCUUUUCUUCUGGGGCCUGUUCUAUUGCAAGCAAAGUUGCAUUCUGCAAUAUCCAUGCUGACUCUGUCCCCUGUUACGUUCUUUGAAGAUAACCAAACCUGUUGUCUGCUAUGCAAGGGAGUUCCAUGUCCACAGUUGGGUGUGUGGCUUUCUUCUGCCAAAUGCCAAUGUAAAAUGCUGACUCAAAAUACAUGUUACGGUUACCAAGACUGAAGGCCUUACUUAGAUAGCUUUUACUGAACCAGCAGCAGCAGCUGGCAAGCCAAGCACUUGCCUGCAGCCCAUGAAUGUUCGGCAAUUCGGGGCAACCCCUAAUCCACCCCUCUGCUUCAUUCCUGGUAUUCAGGCAAAAGAGGCUGGGUGUGCAGUAUGUUGCACUUCUGCUCCAAAGAAGGAGGCAGUGGCUAUGGAUUGGAGGGGGGUCACAAGGGCAAUCUCAAUCUAAUUAAUAUUUCAGGUUUGGACUAGAACAUUCUCCCCUUUUUAAACAAGCCGAAUAAUGACAUUAGAGACUGGAGAAAUUCCCCUCUGGCAUCUGCCUGAUGAAACAUCUUUAUGGUACCUCCUGCUAAGGCUGGUCCUGGAAGGUGCAUUCAGGAUCGUGGGAAAUGUUUGAGCAAUGCCCUCACAGUGUUGGCAGGUCUCUUCCCCAUGAGGCAAUAACAGAGUUGACCAUGACCCUCAUUGCGGACACCAAGAUAUGUUUGAUGCUUCGUAAACCUGCAGGUAGGUCCAACGACUGUUGGUUGCAAGGCUCCUGCCAUGUGGUUUGCCCAACUGGAUUGCCAUACUCAUUGCUGGGCUGUGUCGGUGGAGAGGUGACUGCCUUUUCCUCGGACGCUUCCUGAACUCACUGGUGUGCUAGAGUACCAAAUUAGGAAGCAUGAGAAGCCAUCAUCCAGAUAGCCUAAAAGUCUGCCCUAGACUGAACACAUUCUGCACUGGUGAAUGGCUAUUUAAAACUACAAAAAGCACGCAUGAAAGGUGUCCCUUAGUUCCUUCUGAAGAACUCCUUGAUCAGUUGUCCUAUGAUGUCUCUUUCCAUGGUUGCACCAAUUGCUGAAUGCACUAUGCUCCAUUGCAGAUUGUGUUUGAACAUUAAAUUUAUUGUUGGUUUUAAAUACUUUUUUGUACACAGUUGUUGCCUUUAUUUGUAAAAUCUGUUAUAAAUAUGAAUGUGUACAUAUAAAUAUAUAUUGUAUGGAUAUGUAAAAUAAAAUGUUUCAGAAGUCUAUUAUUUGUAAAACUACUUGAGUACACAGAAAGUGGGAAAUUUGAAUGUAUUCCUCUUUUUCUUUUUAAUGAGGAGAAUGUUUUGUUCUCCCUCUAGGGAGAGGUAGAGUGUUUAUAUUUUUGGAACCUUCUUGAAGGUGGGGAUAUUGUAAAUAUUUUUAUCAGAGUAAAUGUUAAGUAGUUGUUUAAAAAAUUUAAUAAAAUUAUUUUCCUGUGGAGCACGGUA